UCUGGAGUGGAAAUACUGGCGUUAAAGAAAAGUUGUUCAACUCGUCUUGACACACAUCUGGAGGACACAACAAUGAAUAAUCAAUCGAUGACAGGGAGGACCAUGGUCCCAACUAUUCCGUCUAUUAUGUUCAUUUUCGGGGUGGUUGGGAAUGUAAUCGCCAUCGUGGUUUUGUGUAAAUCUCGAAAGGAACAGAAAGAAACCACGUUUUACACUCUGGUGUGUGGACUGGCUGUCACAGACCUCCUGGGCACACUACUUGCCAGCCCGGUCACCAUCGCUAUUUACGUGAAAGGAUCAUGGCCCGGAGAGGACCCGCUUUGCCAGUACUUUGGAUUCACCAUGCUUUUCUUCUCUCUGGCGGGGCUCAGCAUCAUAUGUGCCAUGUCGGUAGAGAGAUACAUCGCUAUAAACCAUGCCUAUUUUUACAAUGACUAUGUGGACCAAAGACUAGCGGGCUUGACUCUCCUGGCGAUCUACAUCUCCAACGCGUUUUUCUGCGCGCUGCCGAGCAUGGGCUUCGGCCAGGUGAAGAAGCAGUACCCGAAAACUUGGUGCUUUUUAGAGUGGAGGAGCAACAAGACCAGUGAUGCCGCCUAUACCUAUAUGUAUGCGGGUUUCAGCUCUCUUCUUAUUCUCGCCACUGUCAUCUGUAACGUCUUGGUGUGCGUGGCUUUGAUCCGGAUGCACCGGCGCUUCGUGCGUAGGAUGUCGCUGGGAACCGAUCUCGGGCGAAACGUGGACCCGCGGAGAAGAGGACGCAGCUUUGGGCGUCUGGCCGGUGCAGAGAUUCAGAUGGUUAUUCUACUCAUAGGCACGUCGGCAGUGGUGCUUAUCUGCUCCAUCCCACUUGUUGCACAGGUAUUUUUGAACCAGCUUUACAAGACACCAGUGGAGCUGCGGUUGGACAAAAACCCUGAUCUAAGAUCAAUACGCUUCGCCUCCUUCAACCCCAUCCUUGACCCCUGGAUCUACAUCCUGCUUCGUAAAGCGGUUCUCCUCAAACUCAUUGAGAAAAUCAAAUGCCUAUUUUGCAAGAUGGGAGCAAGGGGGCAACAGAGACAGAGCAGCUUUAACUGCAUAGAUGGUCAUCAACUCUCCUCUGUCAUCUCUAACCGGGACUCUCACUCUCUGGUGUCUCAUGACCUUCGUGACAUCACCAGCAGCUCCCAGAGCUUCCUUUACCUGCCAGAGGGAAGUGAGGUGUACACUGGAAGUUGUCAUAAGGCAAACAGACUCUCUGGUUCACAGCCUUCAUUGGCCAGACACUCACAAGCUUCUUAUUCAUCUGAGCAGGGCAGUGUUGGGACUCAGAACAGAGAGGGGACAGAUGUGAUCAGGGUCCUUUCUGCCUUGCCCUGCCCAAAAGAUCCGGCACUUCAGGUGUCGUUGAGCACUGAGACAGUGGAGGAAAAAUGCAUCUGACUUAUCUGUGAAACUCUCAAGCAGCAGGAAUCCUCUACUGAAUAACUUUCCCACAAAUUAACUUUUAAACCUCUGAAAAAUGAGGAAAGGCACAUAAAAUAAUAAAUGACUCCUCUUCGUGAAGUCGGGCACAUGCAGAAAAGAAACUUGAAGAGCUGUAAGCUUUAUCGUCCUGUGUUCUCUGUUUCAGCACCCAGCUACCUCAGUGAUGACUGUCUAUGACCAUGUGAGCAGAUUUUUGUCAUUUUGCCCAAAACAGAUGUUGUUAAAAUGGUGAUGACCCACUUCUUCAUGACUCAAGUGUCAGAGACGGAAAAGAUGCCCUUCCAUAUUUCAGCUGCUUUGUUCAAUCAUUGUGGAAACCUUUACUGUAAAGCAGAUUAGGCCUGAAGUUUAAAAUAUCUGAGUCACGCAUAUGUGGUCAAUGUGGUAAAUGAAAACAGUAUUGACUGUGAUCCUCAUGAGUGAUCAAAUGUGAGCUACCAUUGUUUCAGAUCAAUUAGAUAAGCAGGCUCUAUUGUACAGUGCUUUCAAGGACAUAUUGUGUUCGUUCCAUGACGGAUGUACAGUGCAGUAUUAUAUUUGUGGUGAAGACCAGCA